AUGUUUAUUUCAUCAGAGGAAGCAAUCAUACUUAGCAUUCCACUAAAUUUGAAAUUAACAAUAGAGGAGCAAGUGAUUGACGCAUAGGGGAAAUUUGAUUAUGACAAGGAGAAUGAGUGCUGUCUAUGCAAAUGCGAAUUGUACGAUGACUUGAAGUCUUUGAAUAUGGAAAUUGCUAUAAAAAAUCAGUAAAAUCUAAUCAGCAGUGUCUAAAAAGGUUCAUCAGAAAUCCUGGUUGUUAGGCUAGGAUAAUGCCAGGGAAUGCAUUUUUAUCAUAAGGAAUGUAUUGAGAUGUAAUUGAAGUAAAGUCCUGAGGACAACCCGUUCAUAAAGUGUGCUGUGUGCAACAAAAUUUAUGGAAAAUAAGUAGGUGAUAUGCCAAGUGGUACAAUGAGUUGGCAUUCAAAAUCCUUUAGAAGUUGUCCUCUUGGAGGAUUUACUGAAGAGUAAUCACCUCAUGUUAUAAUCAUUCAGUACAAUAUUCCUUCAGGCAGAAAUAAAGACGGCACUCAGUUUCAUGGAACUUCAAGAGUAGCUUAUUUGCCAGGCAAUAUUGAAGGAAUUAAGAUAUUAACACUCUUAGCAGAGGCAUUCAGGCGCAAACUUACUUUCAAAGUUGGAACCUCAAUCACUACAGGGGCUUCUAACUGCGUAGUCUGGCAAGGUAUUCAUCAUAAAACCAGUCCGACUGGAGGAACUAGCAGUUUUGGGUAUCCUGACCCUACAUACUUUGAAAGAGUAACUGAUGAAUUGAAAGGCAGAAAUGUGACAUUGGAUUAGUUAACAAAGCCUGAGGAUAUUAAGUCGGGCUAUAUACAAGUUUGA